GAUAUUAUUUCGAUUGCUGCUACUUCAGAUAAAAAAUAUUUAGUCUCUGCUGAUACAGGACCUGAAAGUUCUUUAAUAAUAUGGCAUGCAAAUACAGGGGAAAUCUAUUUCAUUAUUUCAGAAUAUUUUCCUGUAGAAGGCAUAAUUUGGAUUUCAUUUUCACCUGAUGAUAAUUUAUUAAUGACUUUAAGUGGAGGUGAUCCACAGGAACUCUCUUUUUGGGAUUGGAAAUCUAGAAAAAGCGUUCCAGAAUUCAUUUAUCGUUAUGUGAAGGGUGCUGAAUUUCAGCAUUAUGCCAGUUUUCAUCCUACAGAUGUUUCACAUUUUGCAACUUGCAGUAGAAAUAAUGUAUAUUUUUUCCACAAGGAUGGAGAAUUAAUAUCCUCAGUGCUUGAUAUGUGCAAUCUUUAUGAUGAAAAAACUUUACAUCAGGCUGGAGAGUUUUCUCAAACAGUUUUUAUAACCACAUCAUCAUUAGCAGUAACAGCAACUACAAGUGGCAGGAUUAUUCUCUGGGAUAGACCAAUGUAUAGCAAAUGCAGAGCAGCUAAUCAUUUGAAAGAAAGGUUGUUUUUGGAUCCUAGGCAACGAGUGUGUAUACGCAUGCUACAGAUUAUGUCUUCACAAUGUGCUAUACCAUUUUUAGGUAUUAGUGGAAGUUAUAUAAUUGCUGGAACAGCUCAAGGCAAAAUUCAUUAUUAUGACGAAACUUUCCAUGUAAAAUGGUCACUUGAUGCUAGAGAAGGAUCAGUGAAUUCUGUGUCAUUUAAUUUCAAGCACGAUCUUGUUAGGGAAAUAACUGCACUUCAAAUUAGAGAUGGAUCUGAAGCAAAAAACAAGCUUCUAGAGGAAAAAGAUUUUAUUCUGUGUACUACUGAAGGAUAUGUGGGUUAUUUUUCCAUUGAAAAUAAAAUUCUUAAACCUGUUUUGUAUGGAACACCUCAUAUUGUAAAAACUAUCACUGUGCAUCCAUGGCAGCCUUUCUUUUAUAUUGGAGAUUAUAAUGGUGGACUUCAGAAGUGGAACUAUAAAACUAAGAAACUAGUUGCUAAAGAUUUAUUUAAAGCUAAAUGCGCGGAGAUUGAAUGCUUAGUCAUUGACGAUAAUGGCACAUAUGUAGCUUGUGUGAUGUCUCAUGGUAACAUUGCAAUAUUCAAUGCUGUUAAUUUUUCUGCACAACCAUUCUUCACAGCUUCUGAAGUGUUACAUCGACCUGUUAUGAUGAAGUUUUCUCCAGAUUCUCAGCAUUUACUUAUAAUAGACAGUGCAUCAUAUGUUACAAGCUAUCGACUUCAAUUAUUAGUGCCUCCUAAAAUUUUUCAAAUGAUGAGGAGAAAAGUUGCAAUGCCUCCCGAAGAAGCUAUUUGGGUUUUUGGUGGAAAAACACAACAACAUCAAAGUCGUGUUGUGGACUGCAUAUUCAAUGAUCUUGAGACUAAUGAAAAUCUGUAUUUCUUUACUUUGGGAGAGGAUCGUGUCUUGGUUCAGUAUAAUCUUUCAAGCUCUAAAGCCCUUGAAAUAGUUGUAUCUGAGAGAAUAAGAUUAGAAGGAAAGCCUGUUCCAAUAUGCAUGAGUUGGUAUCCAUUAUUUGGCCUAUCCCAUUUGAUAGCUGUUAUCAGUGAUGACAGUAAACUAAGAAUAUAUAACAUUGAAGAUGAAAAUAUGAUUCGCAUGGUCUCUUUGCCUUUGUAUGAAGAAUCAAUAAAACGAUUUAUCCUUUUGUAGGGUGUAACAAAUACAGAAGAUUAUUUUUCUGCAACUGCUGAAGGAUCUUCAUACAGAUGUUUUGUUUUUCAAACAACUCACAUGAUUGGUCUAACCAAAUAUCCUAUUGAUGGAAACCCAAAUACAAGUUUGGCAGUUGCUUGUCAUU